AUGUCCCCCCCGCAAUUACCAUAUGGUGGUGUGGAAGAGCAGUCUGGCCGGAAAAGCGGGAUGUUCGUCUUCGACUCGAAAUUGGGGCCGAAUUCGACUUCCAAUCGCGUUUCGAAGCGUGGUCAUUCUGAUGAGCUGCACGAGCUCCGGAGUCGGUUGCGAGUUCUGGAGAAUUCGCUCGGCAAGUCGUCUCAUCUACAGACGCCUGAGACCUCGGUUUCCGAUGUCUUUUCUGAAGUCGGCACUGCUAAUAGUUUCGAAAAUGUCGGUGUUGACGACCGCGUGCGAUUCUUGCCAGACUGGAGUUUCCGUGGGAAGAAGAAUAAGACUCGUUAUUUCGGUCGCAGCCAUUAUACCACUACUAUUUCUUUCUUCAAAGAUAUUGGUACCUUCAUGCGCCGUGGUCAUUGCCGCGGGGAGGAAAAAGAUAAAGAGUACACUGAUAUGAAAAAGUUUAAGACGGAGCUUUGGUCACGCGAGACACAGGAUCAUCAGCGCGAGUUUCGCGAGCAGGCUUUCAAGCUGGAUGAAAUGGUUCCCCAGCGAAACGUGGCAGAUCAUCUGCUUCAACUGUAUCUCGACACUUUCGAGACGACAUAUCGAAUCUUGCACACACCGACGUUCUUGAGGCAGUAUGCUGAUUACUGGGCCAACACCCAGCCAGUCGAUAUGGCUUUCGUCGCGCAAUUACUUGCCGUGAUGGCUGCUGGCAGUUGUUUCUAUGUCCCACCUCUAGGUCAAGACGACCGAGAUAUAUUCCAGAAACCGGCCAUGAAGUGGAUCAUGGCUGUCCAGUCAUACAUCUCGUGUACAUUUGUUAGCCCAGAGAUCGACCUCCGAAUGCUUCAGACCCAAACCCUUCUUCUGGUAGCUCGCCUCGGAGUUGCCAGUGAUGGAGAUGUAGCCUGGGCCUCAGCCGGGUCGCUGAUUCGGUCUGCGACGACAAUGGGUCUGCAUCGUGAUCCGACUCGCUUCCGCAAGGCUCGACCAUUCUACUCUGAACUGCGCCGUCGCCUUUGGGCCACUAUCGUCGAGCUGGACCUCAAAAUCUCUCUCGACCGCGGUGUUCCGCCCUCAGUUGACCUAGACGAAUGCGACUGCGACCCACCGUCCAACUGGGACGAUGCAGACUUGAUACAGGACAUGGAGAAUAAUCCUGCUCCACUCAGCACUGCCCUUUAUACCCAAAAUUUCUACCAAUCUCUCCUUACCAAGACCCUUCCACUACGCUAUCGAAUCGCCAAAAAAAUAAACAGUCUCCGAUUUAAUCUAUCUUACGACGACGCCCUGCGAAUGGGUGAUGAACUCUCCCGCUCCAUGCAAUAUGCAUCAUCCUUAUUUGACGAUAAUGCCCCGGGUAUCGCUCCGGGAGAAUCAGCACGUCACCGAUUCGCCCAAUCCCUACAUCUCUUCAUCAUGCGCAAAUUCCUCCUCGCUCUCCACCGCCCCUUCUCCCUCAGUGUUGCCCGCCUACCCAAAUGCUCUUACUCCCGCAAAAUCUGCCUCGAAGAAUCCCUCGGAAUUCUCUCCCAGAUGGAACUCCCCUCCUCGACAGACGACAUCCUCUACCCGCACAUCACCCAGCUGGGCAGCGGGAUGUUCCGCGAUGAAACAUUCCACGCCGCAAUCACCGCCUGCGUGGAACUGUCCCUCCAAGCCAAUGAAAUGAGUACGUCUGCUACAUCCGGGAUGGAUGGUGUCAACUCCAGCGUGCUCAUGAGCAUGAUCCAGUCUCAGCAAGGCGUGAUGAUGCAGGCUGUCGAACGUACCGCUGAUAAUUUUGGGAGACGCAUUGGUCCCGGUGGGAAGGGGGUCAAAUCGCGGGUCAAGGGUGAGGAUCCUUUGUGUAAUGUUGAUACGGCCUCAAAGAGGUCCGUUCGCAUUGGCAGAGCGAUCUUGAAUGGUCUUACAUAUCAGGAGGCUAAGAAUAGUGUUGAUCAUCGCCCCGUUCAGGCUUCUAUUCCUUCGGAGACACCCCCAGCCUCGGCUACACCGAGCGAUAUUGACCCUGCAUCGCUUCUAUCGACUGACAUUAGUGAUUUUACGCCAAUGGAUCUAGGCGGUUGGUUUGACGGAUUGGAUUACACUGGCCCAGAGUUGUGGGAUUGGGAUGCCAACUUGUCUGUCAACCUUCCGACGUUCUCAUGA